UGACAUCAUGUCCGCUUAGCUGGUGAUAUGAGAUAUAAGAGGUAGAGCUGAUAAUAAAGAUGUGAACGUGGAACAAGCAAGAAGUGUAAUACAUGCUGGCAUUAGUUUUCAAACCACUGUAAGAAAACAAACCCAGAAAAAUGGCUGAUGUUCAUAAACACCUAUUUGAACUGAAGAAACACUGGGAAGAAAACAAAGAGUUGGAGGCUGUUAUAGUUGAUAUGUCCAACGAUGGAGCUCCUAAUCAAGUAACCAAACCUGACAUUGAAGAGGACCAAAGAAGAUGGCUGAUCAUUAGUUUAUGUCUACAUAACGUGGUUUCACCAGCUCUACGGACGUACGUCAGGCCGAUUGUCGAAGCAGAGUACAAAAACUUCAAGAAGUCACACAGAAUUGAUGCCCAACAGUUUCCAAAUUAUCUGAAGAAAUAUCCUCCUACGAAAAAAGAUAUGAACUAUGAAAGCAUAAACAAUAACAAACAGAUACCGAAAGUCAAUAGAAAAUCAGAUUUGGCGAACUUUGAUUUCCGGGUGAAGGAUGCUGUAGACUUUACAAAGCUGUUCUUGCAAACUCAUAUGGUCCAUUAUACGGGAUUUGAUGAUACAUGUGACCAAAGUGCCCUUCUUGGAAUAAUUGCUAAUAUGGACUCAUUUCCACAGCUUAUAAAAGCAGCCGCAGACAAACUGAGAACAGAGGUACGAAACCCAUGGGCUCACGUGAAUUUCACUGAAUGGGACACAGUCAAGUACCAGACUUGCUUUCAGCUGAUGACUCAAGUUAUCAAGAACAUGACAUUGCCUCGUGCUCAAGAAAUAGCCAUGCUUUAUCAGCUUACCGACUGGAAAUCGAACGGUAUGCAGUUCCUCAAUGGAACCACGAUUGGGCUAGAAUUGCUUGAGCGUUUAACCCAAAAAACUAAGGCUUUGGCAACAUACAUCAAGGGAAUAGAAAGGAUAAGUGAUGAAAAUUUUGAGACCUGCAGAAAUGCUGUCGCCAAUAUUUCACUUUCGUUGGAUUCAUCAGUGCAAGGACUGAAACAAAAAUAUUCUGAACUUGAAUCUAGAGCUGACACACAUGAUACCAUACUGAAACAAGUAUCAAAAAAUGUCGAAGAUGUCAAAUCUGCAGUCGCGCACUCCGAUGACAACAUUAGCCAACUGCGACUACAGGUUGAUUUAGUUACAAAGGAAACAGACGAAACAAGGGAACUGGUUCGGAACACAAAAUCUGAUAUUCUCCAAAAAGUAGAAGGAAUGGCAAAAGACAUGGAAGAUACACACAAAGAUAUCAACACAAUUAAACGUAAUAUGUCACAUGACAGACCUCCAAAGAUGCCAUUUUUCUAUCCUCCUAAUAGAUUGCAAAACUUUAUAGGAAGAGACUUUGAGUUGAAAGACCUGGACACGAAUUUUAUUUCUAAUAAAGAAAAGGUAUAUACUCAGGUCAUUUGCGGGCUUGGUGGAAUUGGAAAAACUACCAUUGGCUCUGAAUAUGCUUGGCGGAGUGUAGACUUCUACGAAGGGGGAAUAUUCUGGCUUGAUGGAGAGAAUAAUGAGUCGAUUGCAGAUUCUGUGCAGAGACUCGCUAUUGAUACCGGAACAACUGGACAAAACGCACAAGAAACGCUACACAAAACAACUAGAUGGUUAUCAAUGCUACAACAAAAGUGGCUUCUUGUUAUCGAUAACGUCGAUGCUGAUGAUGUAUCUGGCAUGAUACGUGAACUACUUUUUGGGUCAUGGAAGCGAGAAUCUAAAGGACAUUUGCUUAUUACGACCAGACGUGAAUCUGCCGAGGCUGAAGAAGAUUUUCAAGUUCCUUCAGAUUGCUGUCUCACGUUAGAAGUAUUCACAUACCAGGAGAGCAUAAACUUCAUACAGAUUCGUACAGGAAUCGAUGUCAAAAAUGAACUGGCGUACGUUGAAAGUAUAAUUGAAGAACUUGGUGGUCUUCCACUAGCAUUGGAACAAGCGGCAGCGCAUAUAAAGAGUUUGAAAAAAUUUGGGUGCUCCUUCAAACAGUAUCUGGAGAAGUUCAAAAAGCAGAGGUUGAAGUUUCUUAAAGUGAGUCAAAGAAGCAAAGCUCGUCUUGCUGUUCAAACAACUUGGGAACUGAACUUUGAAUAUGUCAAGCAACAUUCUGAUGAAAGUGGCCUUGGUAAUGCAGCUGUGACUCUAAUGUUCAUUUCAGCGUUUUUGUUUGCAGAUGAUAUUCCACAAGCCUUGAUGAAUGUUGGCUCACCAGAAAAUAUUACGGAUGAAAAUUUGUGUGACAUAUUGAGUGAUGAAAUUGGUCCUAAGCAAAUAAUGGAAAUUCUCACAAGGUUUUCAUUGUUUCAACAAAGAAACUCUGAUAGUGUUUCCGUCCAUCGACUGGUUCAAGAGAUUGUUAGGGAAAAGGUGACGGAUCAGAUGAAACAAAAAGAUACCCUAAGGAAUGCAGCAAGAAUGAUUCAUUUUGCACUUUCCCAUUGCAAAUCUCCAGGGGAUGUAUUGAAAUCAGAUAGCAUUGAAAGGGGAUCACUUCAAAUGUGGAACAGAUUAGCUCUACAUGCAAAUGUACUAAAGACAUACAUUCUAAACUUCACAAAAUCGAAUGCUGAUAAGAUGGAUGUUUGUUUCAAUUUGGAAACCGCAUAUUUGAUGCAAGCAAGCGCUAUUUACCACAGCUUGUUUCAAAGACAGGAUGAAGCACUUGCUGCACAGGAUCAGAUGCUGAGUAUUCUAACUGUUAUUGAAUUAACAGACAAAGAAUGUAGGGAAUUGACGUUAGUGAAAAUACCUCUUCUUUCAGAUCAGAAGCUUCUCAUAGAAAAUGCAACGUCAGCUGUUAUCACACACGAUAGGCAGCCGGAAGAAGGCCAUGAAUCGUUGAUUGAUGUUGAUGUAGAGGGUUUUCGUAUCAAAGGAAAUGAGGAGUUCAAGGAAGGACAUUAUCAAAACGCCAUUCAGUACUACACAGAGAUAGUUAGAAGCACCAGUAAGACACAAUUAGAUGCAAAGGUAUUGUCAAACAGAAGUUUGGCAUACUUACGAAAUAUGGAUUUUCAAAAUGCAUUAAGAGAUGCAGAUGACUGUAUUCAAAUCGAUCCUACAAAUUGGAAAGCUUAUUGCUGGAAGGCUUAUUCAAUAGCCAAUUUGAUAAGACUUGGACAGCUUGAGCACAACUGGGAGUCGGUUGGGCUAGCCGCUGCAUCUGUCGCGGGCUAUUAUAACAAGGAUUGUUUGAUGGAAUUCAAAAUGAGAAUUGAGUACCCAGUUGUGAGAUAUAAAGUGAUUGCAAACGAAAACGAGCUUAACAAUGAAGUAUCUUCCUUGAUGAACAUGUCCUUCACAACUCUUCUACUCAAGAAAGGCGUCUACAGCUUGAAUGGUCUACUUGUAAUGGGGAUAACCAAAAGUGUUCAGAUGAUAGGAAUUGAAGAUUCUGUGGAAAUAAAUGGAAGUGUCGUUCCAUUGAAAUUGCCACGGUUUGGUAUGUUUGGCGACGACUAUAAAAUACCAAAAUGUGUGUCUGUUCACUUCGAAAAUGUUACUUUUGUUGAAAACUCUGGUCAAGUCUUUGUCGAUCAAAACAUUGUUGCAACAUUUCUACGAUGUACGUUUAGUAAUGGGCAAAAAGCAUGCGAAAACUUUCCUAAAUGUGAUGGAAAAGAAGGUUGUAGAAACGUGCGAAAAGAAGAAUGCGAAAAGCAUUUCAAAAUCCUAGAAAGUGAAACUUUUGUUAGUGGAGUUGUUGGCUAUCCGGGUGUUGUUGCUCAAAAUGGUGGAAAGGUAUAUCUGAAGAAAUGUAAAUUAUUCAGAUGCGGUGGUGGUGGUGCUUUGAGUGAUGGAAAAGGGUCGUUAAUGAAUUUGCAGAAUUGUCAGAUUAUGAAAAUGCACAAUAUGGGAGUGGAAGCUAGAAAUGGAGGCCUGGCUGAAGUGAUCGGGUGCGAAAUUCGACAUAACCAAUCGCAUGGUAUUGCAAUUGGUCCAAUGGGAAGGGGCUUCGUUUCUGGGAAUACGAUCAGCGACAACGGGCAAGAGGGAAUAUGGGCUGGUGGAAUUCUACUUAUGAGUCGUGAUGGAGAAACAACAGCAGGAUCAACCGAUCCUUCGGGUGGUUCUAUAUGUACAAUUACCGAAAACAUCAUUUGUAAUAACGGCAUGUCAGGAAUUUCAUUUGAUGGAGGUGUUUAUACCGUCAGAGGGAACAGAAUAUUUGACAAUUGGUUGUGGGGAAUAAUGGCCAAAUCCAGAUCAAGCGUCAAUAUUGAAAAUAACGACAUUUUCAAGAACAAAUGCGGAGGAAUACGAAUUGGUGUCAAUUACUCAGCAGUUGUAUUCGUUGACGGCAAUACGAUAAGAGACCAUACUGGCCCUGGUAUAUUCUCCCUUAAUGCGCAUGAAAAUGAUGCAUUUCUAAAUAAAUUUCGAGAUGUGAACAAAAAAAUGAAACUUCCUGGGGUGAUAGAAGACGAAUUAGAAAUGUACUCAGUUCCUCUUCUUAUGACAACCAGAAAUUUGUUACAAGGCAACGAUCUAGGCAUCCAACACCCACAGCAAAUGUUACUAGUUGUGCAAACUUGUUGCCAGUGUGCAAAACCUUCAGACAAUCUAAAGAGAUGUGGGAGUUGCAAAAAAGCUGCAUAUUGUAGUAAAGAGUGCCAAACCGAACAUUGGAGGAAACACAAACACAUGUGUGUAAUACUCUUACGUGAGUACAACAUUGAUAUUGACAUGGAAGACACCAAAGAUACAAAAGAAACUUGUGGAUGGACAAGGAUCCCAAAGCAACAAAUGAUGAUGUUUCGUUUCCAGUCUCCUUUACCAGGCAUUGGUCAAGGAAAGCCACCGGAGAGAAAAUCAUCGGAGAGAUUUAUUGUAAAAAUACAGUCCGGAAAGGAAUACAAUUGUUACAAGCCGGACACAGAAAUGCUUCUGUAUGAUCAAAGUUUGACAGUAGACAUUAUGCUAAGGAAUCCAAAGUUAUAUCAUUUGGUUCAAGAAUGUGGUCUUUUGGCUGCAACUAAAUUUACGGCAAAGAAAAUGUUUUGCUGGGCUUCUUUCAAAAACAAAGGCACGAUUCUCAGUAUUCAUACUGCUAAUUUACCGAAGUUUCAGACAUGGUAAGCACUCUGAGCUAUUCUUUAUUUCUUGACAUUGGUAAUGAAAUAUUUCUUACAAGAAUACCGAACACACAAGGGUUGGAAAUACGAACUGUGUCCUGAUACUGAAACGUUUGCUAACAAUUACGUGUUACAAAUGUAAAUAGCUGCUUAUUCUUGGUCGGAAUUAUGGUUUUCUAUUCAAAUAUAUUGAAUAGACAUAAAUAAAUAAAAAUACAAUUCGCUGAUAUCGAAUUUAGGCGUUAAGGUUUUGUUUGGUAAGAGCGUCACUAUUGAACUGCUGAAUUAAUUUAACUUCCUUUGCUAAAACAUCGGAAUAUAAAAUCUGAUUGUUCUGUUGUUAGCUUUAAGAAUAAUCAUGACUAUCUUCAGCAUAAUAAUAGUUCUUCGCUCCAAACAAAACGAGAGACGCGAGGAUGUUGUGUACGGUGAAAGCGGCACUAUUGAGCGCUUCAUUAACUUAACAAAGUCCAUUUAUAUUAAAAAAUCUCAGAAUAUCAAACUUAAGUAUUCUGUAUUUUAAGACAAAUGAUGGUUUGAUUUUGAUAUGUCUGAAAAUGAAGUUAAUCAUCAAAUCUCGUAGUAAAUCAUCUGAGUACCAUUUGCCUGUGAAAUUUAAAUUAUUGUAGUAUCUGAAGCGUUGUUGUUGUUGUUGUUUUCUGAUAAUGUUGGAAGGCCGGUUAUUAAGGUUCAUUUUGUAUAUUUAUUUUUACCAUCACAUCGGUUUGAUUUGUUGACAUAAAUUUAAGAAGGAUCACAAUUCCUUAUAUAAAUAAAACAAAUAUUUCCUAGCAUCAUUAUCAAAAUUGCUUCUAUGACUUUGUUUCAUAUUUUGAAAAUUUUUAGUAGUUUUGAAUCCCUGUAUGUAAAUGUAAUGUUAUAUUUGUACUGUUUUUCUCAACAAAUAUUUUCAUAAUUCAUAAUUGAUCGAAUGCUGUCAGAUGUUUUAUGUCGCUCGCUCGACUCACGUAAUAUGUCUUGCAAAGCCUUGGGCAAAAUUAAAAAUAUUGCAUACUGUGGAAUAGUGUUUAAUAUCAAAGACCAGAGUAAUUAAACGGACAAAGUGGUAAAUACUGUUGCUCAUGUACAUACUACAUAUUAUUCAUCUGUUAUGAUAUACUUAAUUAUAUCUUUGGUGUAUACCGUGUUGAUUAUGAAAGACUCAUAGUCAAUGCCUAUGCUAAUGAUUGCUGCAUGGUUUGUUAUAAUAAAUGAUACAACUGAAUAUUAUAAACUAUAUUAUGAUAUAAUACGGUAAUCGCCGGUUAUGCGACGUCAACAUUUUGUUUGUUGCCAAUAACGGCAGCCACAAUAUGAGUCGUUUCGACUUAGUGGCAUGAAGAUCGUUUGAAACAGUUUUCCAGCAUAUCAAAUGUGUUCAAACGCAGUAUAUAGUUGCGAGACAGGGACCACAAUGUUCUCGUUUUUUGAACGGUUCUCUAACAAAAAACAUGGUUUAUUGUUCAAAAUAUCUGCUGUAACUUUUUAAGCAUAGUAUUUAGCACAUAUUUCAUAGUCCUAAUUUGGUAUAUAAACAAAUUGAACUUUUUGCUAAGGAUAAGAGUUGAUUUUAUUUAGGAAAAGAGUACGUGAGCAGGAGAACCUCGACGACAUUAUAUCAAUUACUAAGUACAUGUUAGCUUUAAAUGUGAAUUCAAGUCUUGACCUAUAUAGAUUAGUCACAUCGGGAAAAAACCUGCUUUAUUGACAAAAGAUUCAAUUUUAACUUGUUGGGAACAAAGAUUUAAUUCUGAGCUGAGCCAUAUGAGUUUUAAUUCAAUGCGCCGAUCAUUUCUUAAAAAAACUUAUUCAAAUAUUCCAACCGGCGUCAAACUCACCUAUAAGGCUUAAAACCUUUAGUUAGGGUUGACAUAUUGUGACCAAACUUGGUAUAUGAAAGGUUUAUGCAGACCUUUCAUGGGAUUGCGUUUGGGGCCCCUUGGGCCAAUGUCACUGUUACUGAAAAUAGAAAAACCGUGGAAACUGAAUAACUUAAAUUAGGGUUGAAAUAUUGUGACUUUCAACUUGGUUUGAAAGAAGAGUUUAUGGAGACCUUUGAUGCAAUUGUGUUUUGGGCUCCUAGGGUCAAGGUCACUGUUACUAAAAAUAGAAAAAAAAAUGUUGAAACUGAAUAUCUUGAGUUAGGGUUGACAUAUUGCGAUCAAACUUGAAGUGUUACACAUAAGAAGUGUUUAAUAUGUAGACCUUUCAUCGGAUUGUAUUUGGGAAACAUUGGGUCAAGGUUAAGGUCACCGUUACAAAAAUAGAAAAAAAAACACUUUUGAAACUGAAUAUCUUUAGUUUGAGUAAACAUAUUGUGACCAAACUUGGUAUAUAAAAAUAGUUUAUGAUAUUUAAUUUGCAUUAAAUUGCAUUUUGGGCCGCUUGAGUCAAGAUUAAGGUCUCUAAAAAAACUGGUUGAAACUGAAUAUUAGGGAUGAUAUAUUCCAUCUGGGCCCUCGCUAUGCAAUCAUUAUACACAUCCCGUUUUUAUCAUGUAAAGCUAUGUACGCAAGAUCAAUUGAU